AUGCUACUUCAUCAUCAGGCCUACAGACAUGGGCCGUUUACCAAUAGUAAUUACAAAAAAUAUCCAGGGGUUUUCAAAUCAUCUGAUUUCAACCAACCCAAUGUGAACAAGUUUUAUGGUGAUGCCCAUUUCACAAAAGAAGAAUAUAUGGAUGAAGAGUUCAGGAGCCCGGUGCUCAUAUUGGAGGAUGUUUUAGCCUUCAAUAGGAACUCUAUUGCUGAAAUAGACAAGUAA